UCCGGCGGCGGCGGCGGCGGCUGCAGCUCGCGGCGCGGCCUUCCCCGCCCCCUCGCCUCGGCGCUUCCGCCGGUCCCUCUUCCCCGGGCGGCUGACAGACCGGCCGCGGCUCCGAGGCGCGCUUCGGCAGCGAGCAUGGGCGACAAGAAGAGCCCGACCAGGCCGAAGCGGCAGCCGAAGCCCGCCUCGGAUGAGGGCUACUGGGACUGCAGCGUCUGCACCUUCCGGAACAGCGCCGAGGCCUUCAAGUGCAUGAUGUGCGAUGUGCGGAAGGGCACCUCCACCCGGAAACCUCGACCUGUCUCCCAGCUGGUCGCACAGCAGGUCACUCAGCAGUUUGUGCCCCCUACCCAGUCAAAGAAAGAGAAGAAAGAUAAAGUAGAAAAAGAAAAAAGUGAGAAGGAAGCAACUAGCAAAAAGAACUGUCAUAAAAAAACCAGACCAAGAUUAAAAAAUGUGGAUCGGAGUAGUGCUCAGCAUUUGGAAGUCACUGUUGGAGAUCUAACAGUCAUUAUUACAGACUUUAAGGAGAAAGCAAAGUCAACGCCAGCAUCCAGUGCUGCUACUGGGGAUCAGCACAGCCAGAGCAGCUGCAGCUCCGACAACACUGAGCGGGGUGUGUCCAGGUCCUCCUCACCUCGAGGAGAAGCCUCAUCCCUGAAUGGAGAGUCUCACUAAGCAUUCUUGCUCCACUUAGUCACGCCUGUCCUCCCAUGGAAAUACAGAUUAUGCCAAGAACUACCACAUUUUCAUGACAGACACAUUCAUGCAUAACCUAUAAUUUGAGUUUUACAUGAAAUAUGAAUUUGCCAGGACUUAUUAGAUUUUAUUGCAGUGUAAGCUACCAAAUGUUUCCAGACUUAACAUUUUGGUCUCUGGUGUUAAAUGCCAUGAAAAUGUGGUUGAAUUAUUCAUUAUGCAGUGUUAUUGGUAAGUCUAUUUUCACUUAUAGUUUAGUGAAUUCUAACACAUAAUUAUUGAAUUCUUUACUAUCGGCAUGUAAUGAGUUUAAAUUUUUUAUUACAUAGUGCAAGCUGCCUAAAUAUGUAUUAUUUGAGAAUUGUGAAACAAAUAGUUAUAUGUAUGCAAGUCAGAGAUCAACUUAAUCAACUAUUGCUGCAACAGGAUUUUCUUAAUGGUUAUCCUCUUAAUGCACCUGCUGGUACUUGGUGUGGUUAAAUAGGAAAGUUGUUAUUAAAUAAAGACUUUGUAUGAACCUUUGCCAAUGUGUUUGACAUGUUCUUACUAAAUUAUUGUUUCUGAGUUAUGUUUUAUCCAUUUUGCAGUUUAUGUUUGUUUAGUUUGCUUAUUUUUUCAAAGCAUCAAUUUAUUGUAAUGUUUACUAGCAGAAUUGUAAACAAUAAAAAAUGGAUCGUUUAGCUUUCUAA